AUGGUUCUUGGAGUAGCCAUGAUGGCGACAAUGUUGCCAACCAUGAUUGGGUUAAACGAAGCUACCCAAGGUACACGUCAACAGGAAGAAAGCCGAAAGUCCUCACAUCGCAAGCAACGAUGUAACUUGGUGGCCACAUGCUCUCUCAGCCAGGGCACAGAGAGCCAGCGCGAACAAGUCCAGAAUGCCCGUGUACAUGUGGGGCGAGACGGGAAACUCUAUAUCUCCAAAAAGCCCAGCUCCGCUCUGUCUCCUUUCAAUGGUGGCUUUUACACCCACCCCGAUUUCCCGCCUGACAAUACAGCCGGCGUGGUAACCAUUACUGGAGAAGAAACACCUACCUUGCGAUGGGUAUUCUUGGAUGCUAACACGCAUGAGAUGCGCUGGGGAGGGCGUCCUGACAGUGUAGGCCACGUAUGUGGGCCCUUCGAUUGGACAAACGACGAGUUAUACAUGACGCUGGAGGGAUGGGAAGGGUGGCUAGCGAUUCGGUUGCCUGAAGAUGACAUGCGGGAUCAAGCGGAGACAGACCUCGAAAUCGGCGAUGGCCGCGAGAUUUGGCGCUUGUAUUUUGACCAGCAUGAUAAUGGAGCCGGUCUUCCGCCCGGUUCCCAAGGACUGGAGAUUCGCCUUAAGCGAAUUAUGGCGGAGUCAUGA